GCGCUUUCCUCCAGCACGAUUCAAUCUCUCCUCAAGUCCGACAGCUCACUUACUCUCCACCUUGCUUUUUUUUUGGACGGUGCACGCCCAUACUCUUAAAUAUAUAUGUACCUUGAAGAGUUAAUCAUCGAGGGCUUCAAGUCCUAUGUCUCAAGAACACACAUCACCGGUUGGGAUCCCGAGUUUAACGCCAUCACCGGUCUCAAUGGUUCAGGAAAAUCUAACGUUCUGGACGCUAUUUGUUUCGUACUCGGAAUAGUGUAUGAUCAUCACGGUUGAAGAGUGAUCACAUCAAAG